CAGCCAUUCUCUCUUGGUUUAUUUGUGCUUAACUGGCCGAGCCGCAGGAUGAGCCGCUGGGCCGGGAUCGCUCCUCUCCUGCUCUUGCUCCUCCGCAGCGCUGCCGCUCAAGAAACCGAUGAAAGGGCGGCGUCGCCUCCACCUGCAGCACCCGAUGGCGUGGAGCAAGAGAACACAGAGUGGGGCCUGAACUCUCUGAGAGGAAGCUUCGAGGCAGUCAGCGGCUACUUCGACUCAAUGCUGGAGUUCAUGGGCGGACGGGAUGGACUCUGCCAAUACCGCUGUCGAUAUGGUAACGCUCCCCUUCCACGUCCUGGGUACCAGAUGCCGGAACCUGAUGGGUGCAGCUCCUACUUCUUUGGUCUUCCUGUUCCAGAGGGGAUGGACGUGGGGAUCCCCGCCAUGACCAAGUGUUGCAACCAGCUGGAUAUAUGUUACGACACCUGCGGUUCUAAUAAGUACCGCUGUGACUCCAAGUUCCGCUGGUGCCUCCAUAGCAUCUGCUCAGACCUCAAGAAGAGCCUCGGCUUCGUGUCCAAGGUUGAAGCAUGUGAAACAGUGGCGGACACUUUGUUCAACACGGUGUGGACUCUAGGCUGCAGACCCUACAUGAACAGCCAGAGAGCAUCGUGCUACUGCCAAGGAGAGGAGAAGGAUGAACUCUAAACUCAACUCAAACGGCAUUCCUAUUUAUAGAACAGUAGAUGUCGCAGCGACAACAUAUUUGUGGUUAUGAUGUUGCAACAGUCGUGUUUACUUGAGGAUUUGUUCAGGUUUCAUCCGAAGCAUUUGUUUUGGCUCUUUGCGACACGAUGCAAUGAUCUUAGAAACCCUCCAAUGAGCAUUUUGGGGGUGGGGUUGACACAUGAUUAUCCAAUGUAUUACAUUUACAUUGUCUUAGUUGGACUGUGUCAAAUAUGGUGAAUUUGAUGAUUUAUUUGACAGGCCAUUCCAGUAGCCUAACAGGGUUUAUUAUCAAAUGAACAGACGUUUUCCUUAUUCCGUGCUGGCCUACUGAUUUGUUGUUAUUUUCAGGUUAAUAUUACAAUUGUUGCUUGAAGUAGCUGGUGGAUACUUACAAUGCGUGUAAAGCAUUUGUCAUUAAGUCAAGAGAAAGCAAUUGAAAUGAAAUAAAGUCUUUUGGUACAUAUUGGUAGAGGAUGUAC